UAUAGAUACUCUGAAAAUUCUGGCACCUGAGAAAGCGAAUUGGGAAUACGUCAAGGAGAUGGAAGGCCGUCUCCCGAGACUCCACGGCGACGACGCGACCGAGAUCCCAGGAGCCCGCAGCCUCCUUGACGAGAUAGGUCACCGCAACGUCCCCUGGGCCAUUGUCACCAGUGGCACCGAACCCCUCGUCUCCGGCUGGCUCGAGCGUCUACGCCUUCCCGCCCCCGAGCACCUCAUCACCGCCGAGUCCGUGAGCAAUGGCAAGCCUGAUCCGGCGUGCUAUCUGCUGGGCAGGGACCGCAUCGGCCUCCCCGCCGCUGGCACAGACGGCAGCAGCAGCAGCAGCAGCAAUGUGCUGGUCCUCGAGGACUCGCCUGCGGGCAUACGCGCGGGCAAGGCGGCGGGCUGCAAGGUCCUUGGCCUGGUGACGAGCCAUACGGCCGAGCAAGUGAGAAGCGCCGAGCCGGACUGGAUCGUGCGGGAUCUGGACUCGGUUAAGGUUCUGGGUUGGGAGGACGGUUUGCUCACGCUCGAGUUUCGGGAUGGGCUUGUAGAGGUGGGCAAGGCGGAACGCAAUGGUGCGGCUUGAGCAAGGCUACAGCCUUGUCGGUACAAAUGAGAAGGGCUAGAGGUUCCUGCUACGCAGAGAGCCGGUCUUACAAAGUGUAGCAAAAGCAAGCGUGUCAUCACCUGGAUACACAGCAUUGACUCCCUCUUGCUGGUAGAUGCAGAAAAUGUUAUGGCCCUUUGAAGCCUUCG